AUGCCACAGACCGAGGAGGAGCACCUAUGGAGCAGCAGGGCGAGGAGGACGAACGGCUCGGACGAGGACGAUGAGGACCCGACCACCGUCGAUGAGUGCGCCCUGGCGUACGUUGUGUUCCUGACGCUCUACACGUACGUGGUUCUGGUCAAAAUGUACCCGACGCCGCGCUGGGAGGAGGUGUACGUCACCGCCUUCCUCCUGACCGUCGGCAUCGAGAAGGUCCGCGAGAUCCUAGCCUCCGAGCCCGUCACACUCAGCAUGAAGCUGGGGCACUGGUUUGGUCGGCUCUGGAACAUCUGCGACGCCAUUUUCAUCGUCACGUACUUGUUGGCCCAGCCUCUGCGGUUUCAGCCGUCCACCUUCCGCUGGGGCCGCUCCAUCAUCUGCUGCAACAACAUGUACUGGCACAUCCGUCUGUUCGAGAUCUUCAGCGUGGAGAAGUAUCUGGGCCCGAUGGUAACCAUGGUGGGCAAGAUGCUGGUGAAGAUGCUGCAUUUUAUCAUCCUGCUGGUCAUCAUCCUCUUCUCCUUCGGCGUGUUGCGUCAGUCCAUUCGCUUCCCCAACUCGGAGCCCAGCUGGUACCUGCUGCGCCAUGUGUUUUACCAGCCGUACUUCAUGCUGUACGGUGAGGUGUACGCUCCGGAGAUCGAGCCCGAGCAGUGCGGUGACGGGCCCGGCUUGGAGGCCUGUGAGUUCUGGAUCACCGUCGUCGCCAUGGCCGGCUACCUGCUCGUCGCCAACAUCCUCAUGCUCAACCUGAUGAUCGCCGUCUUCAACAACAUCUUCGCCGGCGUGAACGCGGUGGCGCACGAGGUGUGGAUGUUCCAGCGCUAUCGUCUGGUGAUGGAGUACGAACUGAGGCCGGUCUGCCCGCCGCCGUUUAUCGUGUUCUCGCACCUGUACAUGCUGCUGAAGCUGUGCCUGAAUCAGUGCCGUCGCGACUCGGCCAGCUACGACCGGGGGCUGAAGCUCUUCCUUGACGAAGAGGCGCUCGAAAACGUGCACGACUUCGAGGAAGAGUGCCUCGAGGAGUACUUCCGCCAAAAGGAGCACGAAAGCCAGCACAAGACGGAGCGGCUGGUGCAGCAGACUUGGGAGCGUCAGGAGCUGGCGUACCAGCGGCUGGAGGACGUACUGCUGCGUGAGCGCGUGCAGGUCGAGGCCACACGCCUGGUCGACUACCGGCUGAAGCGGCUCGAGGAGAUGUUUGGAGGCGUGGAACGGCUGGCGCGGCACACCCACCUCAUGCUGCGCCAACACACCGGCCUCGGCGGCAGCGAGAUGGAGGGUCUGGACCGCCUGCGCCAGGUCAGCUCCGGCAGCGACGACUACCAGCCGCCCGGCCGGUGCAGGUGGCGGCUUCACAGCCGGUGA